AUGGUUGUGAGCGGUACGGAGGUUGCGAAGAACAAUACCAAAGACUCGUGCUGGGUCGUCGUGCAUGGCCAAGUAUGGGACGUCACAGACUUCCUUGAUGAGCACCCCGGUGGCGCAAAACUCAUCAUCAAAUGUGCCGGCCGAGACGCGACAGAAGACUACGAUUCCAUCCACAACCCAGACCUCAUUACAGAGACCCUAUCGCCAGACCGGUGCCUGGGUCCCGUAGAUCCAGCAACACUACCAGAGCCGCAAGAUGCCUUGUCGAACGCUCCUGAAAAGCAAAAGCCAGCCUUCCCGCAUCUAGGCGCCAUCAUCAACGCCGACGAUUUUGAAAAGGUCGCUGAGAAGUACCUCUCGCCCAUGGGCUGGGCGUACUACUACUCGGGCGCAGAAGACGAACGGAGUCUUGACGACUCGCGCCGCAUAUUCCGCAAGCUUGCCCUCCGUCCACGCAUCCUCCGUAAUGUCGACUCCAUCUCCACGUCUACCAAUAUUCUCGGCCUCCCUUCCUCCCUACCUUUCUAUAUCUCGCCUACGGGACAGGCCAAGUACGCCCACCCCGACGCCGAGACGAUUCUCUCGAAAGCCGCGGGCAAGGAAGGGAUCCUGUACUGUAUGCCCACCAAGCCGAGCGCGUCAGUUGAGUCCAUCUUCGGCGCUAAAGCGAACGAGGCACAGCCUUUGUUUUUCCAGCUGUACGUCGAUCGGAACCGGGAGAAGGCACAAGCUACAAUCCGUAAGGCCGAGACGUUGGGCGCUAAGGCGAUAUUCGUGACGGUUGAUUCGCCCGUCAUCGGCAAACGCGAGCGUGAUGAGCGGCUGACUGUUGGCGAUGAACCCCUUUCAGAACCCAGCGGCGUGGCAAAGACGACAGCUUCUGGGUUAUUGAAUGCGGGGUUGACGUGGGCCGAUUUAAGAUGGAUAAGAGAUACGACCUCGUUGCCAAUUGUCAUCAAGGGGAUCCAGUCGGUUGAAGAUGCGGUCAUCGCUCACGAGCACGGAGUAGAUGGCAUCGUGCUGUCGAAUCAUGGAGGGAGGUCUCAGGACACAGCACAGGCGCCCAUGCUCACACUCCUCGAGAUUCGUAGAUACGCGCCGCACUUGCUAACCCAAGUAACCAGAGCCAAGUUCCAGGUAUUUGUUGACGGUGGCAUCAGACGCGGUACGGAUGUCCUAAAAGCUGUUGCUCUUGGUGCCACAGCUGUUGGCAUUGGUCGGCCGUUCUUGUACUCGAUGACGGCUGGCUAUGGCGAGGCUGGUGUGAGACGGUUGGUGCAGAUUCUCAGGCAUGAGCUGCAGACUAAUAUGGCACUCGCGGGUGCCACGAGUGUGGAAGAAAUUGUUCCUGAGAUGGUCAAUAGCGAGCGGGCUGGAAAGGAAGUUACGGGAAGGGUGAAGUUGUAG